CCAAAACCUCCCAGCUCACUUCAAACACUUUUCACACCACGAUUUUAUCAACUACUCAACUGUGCAGCCAUGAUUCUCCCCGGCCGCACCGUCCUUUUCCAAAAGAUCCUCCGCAGCGUCCGCUCCCCGUCCAUCCAAGUGCAACCCUGCGGCAUCGAUCUAACACUCAAAUCUGUACUUACCUGGUCCUCUGCUGGCGCACUAGACUUCUCGAACACCCGUCGGAAGAUGGCGGAAACGGAAACGCUGCCUUUCCUCGAUUCGGUCGAGGGGGUCAAGUCACCAUUCCCCUUAAUUCGCCCUUCAUCUCAAGCUCAUGAUCCCCCAAACUCAGGGUCCAUAUAUCUCCCUCUCGGUUCUUACUUGGUAGAGUUCAAUGAAACAGUUGACGUACCGUUGGAUCUUAUGGGCCAAAUAUUCGUUCGCAGCAGCUUGUUCCGGUCUGGUGCUUUAGUGCAUGCAGGUGUGAUGGAUAGUGGGUAUCGUGGCGCUGUUGGCGCGCUGCUUCAGGUUGCGAAUCCACAUGGUUUACGACUUUGGAAAGAUGCGAGGCUUGCGCAAAUUGUGUUCCACCACAUGACAGAAAAGACCGAGGGAUAUAAGGGCGUUUAUCAGGGACGAGAGGUGAUGUGAUGGUUCUGCAGUAUUUUAUUUUAUCCAAUGGGCGAAACAGCUGUGUUAGUACCUGCAAAAAUUCCAAACCUUUGGCCUUACUUUGAAUUUCACAGUUCAUUCUAAGAUAAUAAUAUAUUAAGC